AUGAUCGAAAUUCUUGCGAUGAAAUCCGUAAAAUAUUGCCUGGGAUACAAGCAGACUCUGAAGACGCUGCGUCAAGGAAAAGCCAAACUUGUGCUCAUUGCCAACAACACGCCAUCUUUGCGAAAGUCCGAGAUUGAAUACUACGCCAUGUUUGCCAAAUCGGAGGUCGAACAUAACAGUGGGAGCAACAUUGAAUUGGGCACCGCCUGCGGAAAAUACUUUCGUGUCUGCAUUUUGUCCAUUACUGAUCCUGGAGACUCGGAUAUCAUUCGUUCUUUGACCGACAAUUAAAUGAGUUAACUUAUUUUUUUUUUUUUUAAAAGGAUGCAAUUUUUAAAAAAUAUAAAAAGUUAC